CACCCUAUGACGACUGUGCAGAAGGGAAGGAGUGCAGCACUGGUUCAGUCACACUUCCUGUUGUGUUACCCACAGGACGGUGGUGAAAUUAGUCUAGCCUGGAUUCCUGACUCAUGCCUCAUACUGCAGCAGUGGUGCCACUACUACUACUAGCAGCCAACACGCCACGUUGUCAGUAUAACCUGCCGUUAGCGGCCGCCUUUUGUUAUCGAUCAGUCCCGCGCUGAGAGACUUGACUUGUUGAACUCUUAACUGUUGUUCUGUGUAACGGCCGUCGGUGUGCCAGGCUUUGUUUGCUGAUUGCCGUGUAGAGGUUUAGUGUGGGCGUAGGAGAGAGGAGGGCCCAUCAGAAUGGUGGAAAGCACCAUGGCUGAGAAACUCUUCCAGUCACCCAACCUACUGACUCUACUGAGUGAUCUUGAUCAUAAGGAGGAGUGUACAACCAGAGAAGACCUGUCCAGCUACCUGUGUGAGCUGUACGAUCUGGAUACCCUUGUGGAAGGGAGGGAGGUCCUGUUGAUGAAGGCUGGAGCACAGGAGGAUUUCUCACGUGUGAACCGAAGGUUGCAACGUCACAAGAAGAGAUCGUUGGCGGAGGAAAUCGUGAUUUUAUCGACAUUUCUGGACGGGAGUAACACGCAACAACAAGAUGAACAGGUACUAGGGGAGGACAAGUUGGGAUACUACGACAGCGACCUGGAGAGUUUGUCGGAGUGCGAUGUGAACUUGCACUUGCAGUACCCGAACGUGUCAAGCCUGAAGUGUCAGAUUUCCAUGAUUCUACACAAGGUCAUGGUGAUCGAGGAUCGGCUACGGAGACUGACCGGGAGUAAGAUGGACUUGUUGAGUACGGACGACCGCGGGAACCUGACGGACUUCGACGAGACUCUGGACGACGUUGCCACGGAAAGCGACCCGGGAACGGGAGACAGCGGAUACUCUGGGUCAGGACUGAAAGCUAAACCUGCGGAUACCAGUUUGUUUUCACCCUGCCGAGGAACAUCAAACUGCAGAUAUACCUGCCAUGUUCGGUGCCGACCCUCCGUCUCUCUGGAAUGUUCCACUCCCACGGAGGGGGGCAGUCCUUUCACCCCCGACAGCCCGACUACGGAACACGCACGACUGGCGACAACAAACCUGAAUUCCCCUGACUUGGACACGAGCAGCUCGGGUCACAUGACCAAAGAGGAAGUCCGCAGAGCGGUAGAGCGGUACAACUCAGAAACCAACGGCCUGGUGUUACAAUUGCAAUCAGAUGGCGAGUCCUUCCGAGGCUACAUCCGUGUGCACAUGAACCUGUCGCGACCCGUAACAGUCGCCGCCGGAACCCGACCUCUGACCCUGUAUGGCUCCCUACGGAUCAAUGACCAGGAAGACACGAUAAAGGAGACGACGUCGUUUUUCCUCCCGCGAGACACGAUCAAGGCGCUGCACAUCACCAGUGACACGACCGUACGAGAGGUCAUCCAGGCCCUGCUGAAGAAGUUCAAGGUCACCGACAACCCCAGGAAGUUUGCUCUGUUUGAGAAGACUGUGGAACAGGAGGGCAACGUCCUGAUGAGAGUAUUACCGGACACAGAAGAGCCACUGCACCUCAGUCUGCGAUGGGGACCCAACAACACACAGCACGAGUUUGUACUGCAGGAAAACGAGUUUACAGGAGAAAUCAUGUGGGAUGCGUUCAGCCUGCCUGAGCUGCACAACUUCCUGACCAUCCUGGACCGGGAGGAGGAUGAGCACAUGAGACAGGUGAUGGACAGGUACAACACCUACAAGGAGAAACUGGAGGAGGCACUGCUGGGGGUCUCACCUGCCGUACAGUGUUCCGCCUGACACAAACAAACAAACAAACAAACAAACAAAA